AUGAUAUACAGAAACCAAGAUGGAGAUAGAAGAGGAUAUAGAGGAGGAUCGAGAACGGAAGGAGGGUCGAGGUAUGGCAGUAAGCCAAGACGCGAGCCGUACAGAUGCGAGCCACUUCCUGAACUACCACCUGUUGAGUUUCAAAAGGAUCUGUAUGAAGGAGCAAAGGAUAAAAUGAACGCGAAUGAAAUAGCAGCGUUUAGGAAGAAUAACGAGAUGAUGGUGAAAGGAAGAGACAUUCCUGAGCCGAUUGAGGGAUUUGGAGAUGCAGGGUUUAGUGAGCGGGUGGUGAAUGAGUUUAAGAAGAAGGGGUUUAGCGAGCCGACGCCGAUACAGGCACAAGGAUGGCCGAUGGCGCUUAGUGGGCGAGACAUGGUUGGGAUAGCACAAACAGGGUCUGGAAAGACACUGAGCUUUAUACUGCCUGCGCUUGUGCAUGCGAAAGCACAGGUGCCGCUGAGAAGAGGAGACGGGCCGAUAGUGCUGGUUCUUGCGCCGACACGAGAGCUGGUGAUGCAGAUCAAGAAGGUGGCGGAUGAGUAUUGUGGGAUGUUUAAUCUGAGGAGUGCAGCGGUGUAUGGAGGAGCGUCUGCACAGCCACAGAUACGAUCGUUGCAUGAGGGAGUGGAGGUGCUUGUGGCCACGCCUGGACGAUUGAUUGAUCUGCACGACCAAGGGCAUGCGCCACUGAGCCGAGUAACGUUUUUAGUGUUAGAUGAGGCAGAUAGGAUGUUGGACAUGGGGUUUGAGCCACAGCUGCGAAGGAUUAUACCGAAGACACACGAUGACAAGCAGACGCUGAUGUGGAGUGCAACUUGGCCGCGGGAGGUAAGGGAGCUUGCGGAGAGUUACAUGCGAGAGUAUAUACAGGUGACGAUUGGGAAUGAGGAGCUGAAGACGAACAGCAAGAUCAAGCAGAUAGUUGAAGUGUGUGGAGAAAGGGAGAAGGAAGAGAAGCUGUUGGAGGUGCUUGGGAAUCACAAGGGGGAGAAGAUAAUUGUGUUCUGCAACAUGAAGAGGACAUGCGAUGACUUGGAGUAUGUGUUGUGCAGGGCAGGGCAUGGGGCAUCUGCAAUACAUGGGGACAAAUCGCAGAACAUUAGGGACAAGGUGCUUGAUGAUUUUAGGAUAGGACGGCGGAAUAUACUGAUUGCCACGGAGGUUGCAGGAAGAGGACUGGAUGUGAAUGAUGUGAAGCUUGUGGUGAAUUUUGACUUUCCUGGAUCAUGUGAGGAUUAUGUGCACAGGAUAGGAAGGACAGCACGAGGAAGCUGCAAGGAGGGAGUGUCACAUACGUUUUUUACGACUGCAGACAGAGGGAAUGCCCGUGAGCUGAUAAGGCUGCUUAGGGAAGCGAAGCAAGAGAUUCCGUCUGAGCUUGAGGGGAUGGUUAGGGCGCCUUCUAGUGAUAGAUAUGGGUCCAGGAACAACAGAUAUGGAUAUGAUUACAAUCGAGAAAGGACGAGUAGAUAUCCUGCUAGGAGAUGA